AGUGGAGGAGGCCGUUGGAGCGAAUGGGUAGGACGCCUGCCUCCAUCACAUGGUCCAGCGUAACUCGAGCACAGAUGGAGCAGGACGGGAAACCGAGAGACGAGCCCCUCUGGCAGCGGCGAGAAGCAUCCUCUGAAAUAGAAAUAUAAGCUGCCCCUUCUGCAGCAGAAACGGAAAAACGUACGCAAGAAAAAAAGCAACAACAAAACCGACAGUUUUGCACAGUGUCAUGCUGCUUUCGCGUUUAAUAAAAUCACGGAAGAGUCAGGGAAGGUUGUGAGUGAGUGAGGGGGUGGAUCUUUGCAGAGAAUGAAAUCCAAGACGCUUGUUGUCCCAAGUGAAUUGAUUUGAAGAGCUUGCAGAGACACAGAGCGACCGGGAUGCCGCCCAACAUCGCUCCUCCUAUUCAUCCGCGAGGUUAAGUUUUCCUGAUCACCCUCCUUCUGUGUGAGUGUGUGUCUGAGUGUGUGUCUGAGUGUGUUAUGGCGUCUGUGAUGGACGAUUCCUACCGUAAGGUGCUGUUGCUAGGGGCCAUCGCUGCAGCGUCAGCCUUUGUGGUCACCAUCGUCAUCGUGGUGGUUUGUGUGGGCUGCCAAAGGAAAAACAAGACCAAGCAUCCUCCGGCCAAUGGAGAGAAGGGCUCCUCAGUAGACCUGGGUGCUCUCCAUCAGCCCAAGAACAGCUCCAUCAGUAAAUCUGACACUAGGCUGCAUGAGAUCAACCGCUUGCCCCGCAACGGCAACAGUGGGGCUAAGAACCGUCCUGCCAGUAUGGACCUUCUCCUCCUCCACAGCCAUCGCUCCACCUCUGACCUUCGCCCCCCGCUUGUGCGACAGCUCCCCCAGAUCCCCACCAGCCCCGAGGGGGAGGGAGACAUCCAGAGGGGAGGAGAAGAGGGGGUCAGAGACCACACCUACACUGAGGUGGGGAUCCGGAACUCACCCGUCCGCUGCUUUGACAAUGGGCUGUACGAGAGUGUAGGGGUUAGAGAGGAUGACACGGUGCCCCCAGCUCCCCCACCCACAUCAGCCAACACCCCAGCAACACCGAGGACCUCACAGAGCCCCAACGGGACCCGCACUGACGAUGUCCUCAAUGGGAACAGAAACAGGAAUGGGAAUGGAAAUGCCAGAGGAGCUGUUAAUGGGAGCAGCAGAGGAGGGAAGGGGCCCAACGGUGCUAACGGAUCGGCCCUGCCCUCCCUGGCCCCCCAGGACCCCGUAACGGCAGAGUACGCCUCCAUACGGAAGGUCAAGAAGGUGGACGAGGCAACCAAGAAGGAGAACGGGAAUGCAGAGUCAGAUGGCCAAUCAAGUGUGGGAGAGUCACCCUCUGCCCCGCCCCCUCCACUGCCCCGCAGCCAGGAGUUUCUACAGAAACAGCUGGGUCCAUUCCAGCUGCACGUCUUCCCUAAGGAGGCAGUGUUCAUGGGAAACGGGGAGCAGUACAUCUGGAAGCCCCCAGAGGACAAUGACAUCAUCACCUUGCACCCAGCGCCUAUACCCCCGGGGGAGAAUGGACAGGGAUACACACCCACAGCCAUGGAGAUUUCUGACACCUACUCCACUGUGUGUAAAACCCAGAAGAAGAAACCUCCCCCGGACAACAAUGGAGCCAAUACCCUCCCCCAAAACCAGUGCUCUGUGGAGGAGAAUGGAGGAGGUGGGGGAGGAGGAGCAGGAGGGAAUGGGGCGUGGGUCGGUUCCGGGGGAGGGGUGAGGGGUCGUGGCCGGGGGAUCCAGGGUGGUCAGGCCCGAUCCCACGAGGAGCCCUGCUACGCGCCAGUUGGUGACAGGACCUGGCCCACCUGUGUGGUAGCCAAGUCUGCUCCGGCGUACGCCACUAUAGACACCCACCGGAAACGUGAGCCGGCAGGUACCAAUAUUGGUGUACUGGGGUCAAACGCCACACUGAAGCCCAAGAAGAAGCCUCCUCAGCAGGAAGCGCCGUCUCCAGGGGCCCCGGGCCCCCAGGGACCUCCAGCAGGUCCACCGGCCCCUCUAACCAAGGCCCUGCCUGGGGGGGAGAACUUCUAUGAGACCAUCAGUGAUGUGAAACAGGGUGCUAACACAGCCAGCACCACCACCAUCUUCACCUUCAACGACGGGAUGGAGAUGUACGUCACUGGCCUGUAGCUGAGAGACACUGGCUCACACACUGUGGGGAUCAGACCUGUUUGGGUUCUUCUGACCCUGUCUACACCUGGUAUGAGCUAUGAAAGGGACUGGCAACAAUGUAUAUAGCAAUGAGACCCACUGGUGAAACCAAGCAUCGGAAGUCACUUCCAUAAUACUCCAGUGAUAUGAUUUUGGCCACAUCCAGUGACAAAAGAAGAAGACAAUGUUUGGAGGUGGAUGUGGAUGCAUUCACCAGGUUUAGACAAGGUCUCUGACCCAGGGGCAGACACCAGACCCAACCAGUGGUGGAAAUUGACUUUUUGGUUCACUGACUGGGGGAUUCCAGAUAGGGGUUCCAGUGCCAGUCGUAGCUUUGAAAGGAACCCAGUUCCAGGGGUUCCUCCUCAUUUACACCACUGGACCAACAGAACCAGAACUACUCUACGUCUUUGAGAUGUAUCACAGAGCCAGUCUGGCUAACCCAGUCUGGCUAACCCGAGCCUGAAUCAUUCGAGCCAGACUCAAACAACUGGUCCAACAAGACCAGACUGAGCAUCACGUUUUGCACUGGAUAACAGUGUCACUAUUCACUUUACCUUACCUUACACACCCAUUUGUGUGACAUUUUACAUAUAUAUUUAUUUUUGUAUCAAGAUGGUACCCUUAAUAAAGCAUGCCCUGUACAGAA